AUGACGACUUUUGCUGGAGAGUACCGUCUCUCCAGAAAACUACGAGACAACAGUAAAAAUGUCGAGAAAAUGCUUUGGGUUGUCCAUAAGCCGAGUGAUCGAAAUAAGCAGUUUGUACUAAAGAGCUCUGUUAAUCAACAAACCUCGAAGGAAGAAUAUGAAAUAAUGAAAAAAUUGGACCAUAAAAAUAUUGUGAAGGUAUUUGAUGAAGUAUUCUUUGACUUCAACGGAUGCAAAUAUUCCGGAAUUGUGAUGGAAUAUUUGCUCAAAGGAGACCUUGAAUCAUUUUUGGCUGAAGAAAAGGAAAGAAACGCAGACUAUUGGGAUGAAACUGAUGCUCUUCGAUUGAUAACACAACUUAUUUCUGGACUUAGUUACUUACAUCAACAUCAAAUUAUCCACCGGGAUCUCAAGCCCUCUAAUAUUUUUCUUUGUGACAAUAAUCGUCUCGCCAUCGGAGAUUUUGGAAUUUCAGACUCUUUGGAGACAACAAGGAUGACUCGUAUUAUUGGAACUGAUCAUUAUUUGCCUCCAGAAGCAUUGGAAGAUUUUGAAACAGAACAAUUGACUUUUGCUCGGGAUGUCUGGGCAUGUGGAAUUGUAAUAUUCAUGAUAUCGUACUUUACACAUCCAUUCGUCGAAAAUAAUAGAAUGCGGACUCUAAUGAAUAUUUGCGAAGUAAAAAUCCUUCCUCAUCCGCGAUCGUUUUCUAAAUGUGACGCUCUUAUUAAACUUUGUCUUCAAAAAGAGGUUGAGAAGAGAGUUGGAAACGCCUGCAUUCUAGCGAAAAAUCAAAAUAUUGAGAGCCUUAUUUACCAAUACGACUUUGGCAUUCCUCCAUCUGAAUUUUCUUUCUCCGAAGGCCUUACGUCUAUUGUUCAAAGUGUGAACUCCAAACUUAUAGAGGAUCUUAAGGACCUCCAGAUGUCUUCAAAUGACGCUAUUAAAAAUAAGGAUCAGUUUAUCCUAAAAUUGGAAGCGGAGAAAGAACAACUGAAGAAGAAGUUAUCUGAGGAAGAAAUCAAGAAUAAGACUAUUACCAAGAAUUUAAAUGUCAAAACACAGGCACUUUCUAAUUCUAAAAGAGCGAAUCAAGAAAAAACCAAAGCUCUGAAAGCAUCAAAAUCUGAAAUCGCUGAAUUGAAUUCUCAAAUUGACGAUCUGAAAAAUGCUAGUAUAUUUACUGUAGCUGGCCAGCGAAAAGGACUUGGUUUUUAUUUUGGUGACGAUGGCGAAAGUAUUCGUAGUCCAAUAAACUUGAACGCGGCAUAUCACGCUACCUUUGUCAUUGAUGCUCUUGAAACUGGUCUCCGAAAAAUUAAUCUAAAAUUUUAUUACGAGUUUUCCGUAAACUUUACAUAUAAAAAUUGGACAAUUAGAAGUCCAGCAUUCGAAAAAAUUGGAGAUAAGCACGAUUUCUCCCGCCCAUGGAAACUUGCUAUUUCAAAUCCAGGAAGAAAAAUUAAAUAUCGGGCGACAGCUGAAAACAUAAGGAUAAAAACUGGAAAAGCAAUUACAAAAGUCGAGAACAUUGAAAGUGGAACCAUAAAAAAUAUACAUGGAGAAGAAGAAGUUGUUGAAGCUCCUAUUGCGAGUAUCGUUGGUUUUAUGAGGUGGAAUAUAGAGUUUCUCGAAUAA